AUGGCUCCUAUCUGGGGCUCCAUUGGACGCGGAAACGUCUGCGAUGGAGGGCAGCACUUCCACGACGCAUGGGGAGUGGCCUAUCUCGCGGACGAUAGAGGGGAUCGCCACUCCGCGUCGGUAGCGAAGGCCCCCACACACCACCAGCAUUCCCCCCACUUGUCCGCCUCCCUUCCCCCCCACACACCACCAGCAUUCCCCCCACUUGUCCGCCUCCCUUCCCCCCCACACACCACCAGCAUUCCCCCCACUUGUCCGCCUCCCUUCCCCCCCACACACCACCAGCAUUCCCCCCACUUGUCCGCCUCCCUUCCCCCCCACACACCACCAGCAUUCCCCCCACUUGUCCGCCUCCCUCCUCCCUGCUUCCCCACUCCCUCCGCCCUGCUUCCCCCCUCCCUCCGGCCUGCUUCCCCCCUCCCUCCGCCCUGCUUCCCCCCUCCCUCCGCCCUGCUUCCCCCCUCCCUCCGCCCUGCUUCCCCCCUCCCUCCGCCCUGCUUCCCCCCUCCCUCCGCCCUGCUUCCCCCCUCCAUCCGCCCUGCUUCCCCCCCUCCCUCCCGCCCUGCUUCCCCCCCUCCCUCCGCCCUGCUUCCCCCCUCCCUCCGCCCUCCUUCCCCCCCUCCCUCCGCCCUGCUUCCCCCCUCCCUCCGCCCUGCUUCCCCCCCUCCCUCCGCCCUGCUUCCCCCCUCCCUCCGCCCUCCUUCCCCCCUCCCUCCGCCCUGCUUCCCCCCCUCCCUCCGCCCUGCUUCCCCCCUCCCUCCGCCCUGCUUCCCCCCUCCCUCCGCCCUCCUUCCCCCCUCCCUCCGCCCUGCUUCCCCCCUCCCUCCGCCCUGCUUCCCCCCUCCCUCCGCCCUGCUUCCAACCUCCUUCUGCAAUGCUUCCCCCAUCCCUCUGCCUUGCUUCCCUCCGCCCUCCGUCCUGCUUACCCCCACCCUCUUAGAGGUGAGCGUCGCGCACCAGAGGAGGGGGGACGCACGCGCAACAGGGGGGCAGCGCAGCAGACUUGUGUGCAAGCUCAGUGACCAUUCUCCCCCUCUUCCUGCCUCCACCCAACUACUUGCAGACCUAUUUGGACUGCAUUCACAUCCGGAAGGAGGAGGGGGGACGCAGCAGGUGCUGGAGAGCAGCGCCCAGGUCAUGGAGCAGCAGACAGUGUCAGUGGCCAGUGCAGGAUCUGAGUGCCCUGGCCAGCAGCACCACAGUGCUGGUGUUGUGGGAGGUGCACCCUGA